AUGUUACUCAUAUUUCGAAUAUUUUUCAGCCAAAAUUCGAUCGAAAAAUAUUUCAAAGGUGAUAUUUGUGAUCAGCUCGACGAGCUCUAUCCAACCAUUGCUUGUACAUUAAUUAAUUGUCCAAUAACAAUAAAACAAUUAAUUGAAUGGAUAAAUACAAAUAAACUUCCAUAUUAUAAUAUAAAAUCUCAUUUACCUAAAUGGAUGCGAGCAACAGGACGUGAUCGAUUUAAUCUUGAAAAAAUGAAUAUACAUUCCGGUAAUUUAUUUUUUUAUUAUAAUAAUUUAAUUCAACCAAUAAUAAAACCUUAUCUAUCUCAAUGUAUAUUUCAAUCUGUAAAAUAUUUCUAUGAAAUACUUUUACAUUAUUGUGAAAUUUUUUGUCAACAAAUUUAUUUUCCAUUUGAUAUUCAUACACGUAUAUUAUUUGAAUCAAUAUGUCGAAGAAUUAUUGAAAUAAAAUCAACUGGUCGACAUUUUCUUUCUACAUCAUUUGAUAUAGAAUUAACAUCAUUAUCAAUAAUAAUUAUUAUUAUUUUACUUCGAUCUAUUAAUGAUAAUUUACUUGAUGAAUUUAUUCAACAUAUAAAUAAAACAAAUGAUAAUAAACAAUUAUUUUCAUAUUCAUUAUGGUUAAAAAAUUUAAAUUAUUUAAUUUAUUUUCAAUCUAUUCGAUAUUAUCAAUUUUAUGGACGAACAUCAAUAUUAUUAGAAUCAAUUACAGAUAAUCAUUCAAAAUUAAGAUAUAUGAAAAGUUUAUCAAAAAUAUUCAAUCAAACUAUAGAAGUAAAUAAGGAAAAAAAAUUAGAAGAAAUUUAUAAAAAAGAAAAACAAAUUCAACAAAUUUUAAUUGAAAAUUCAAAACCAGGAUCAUUAAUUUAUGCAAUAAAAACAAAAGAAUUCUUUUUAAACAAAUUUCAAAACUUAUCAUCAAAUUCUCUGUCAUCUCUGUUCGAAACAAUUGUCAAUAAAUAUUCACCAUCUCAUUUUUCAAUAAUCGAUAAAAGUGAAUUAUAUGAAACAUUGUUAUCAUUAUUAAAUGGUACAACUAUAAAUCAAAUAGAAAAUUUUUAUUCACUUCAUCAACAUUUUGAUUUUGCUUCAUCAUCAAAUUUUCAUUUAAAUCAUCUUAUAAUGACAUUAACAAAAUUUUGUUCAAUACCAUAUAAUCAAGAUUUUUAUGUAUUUUUAUCAAAAUUUUUGAAAACAUUUUGUUUUCAUAAUCAACAUAUUCAUCAUUAUUUUUAUCAAUCAACAUUAUUAAAACGUUAUAAUUUAAGAAAUAUUUCAAAACAAAUUGGAAUGAAACAAUAUGGAAUUGAUCAAUUACCAAUUAUAUAUGAUCUUAAAUUUGAACAAGAACAACCAUUAAUAAAACAGCAAAAACAAUCCGAAUGA